AUGGUGAUGAUGUUUCGGAGGAUGAAUUCGGAUGAUGACGAUGAUUCGGAUGAUGAUGAUGAUGAUGGCGAGGAUGAUGAUGAUGAUGUGAUGAGGUUGAUGAUGAUGGAGACGUUGAUGACGAUGAUGAUGAUGAUGAUGAUGACGAUGAUGAUGAUGAUGAUGAUGAUGAUUCGGAUGAUGACGAAGACGGUGGAAGACGAUGAUGAUGAUGAUGUUGUUGAUGAUCAUGCUCAUGAUGAUGACGAUGAUAUUGAUGAUGUUGAUCAUGAUGAUGAUGGUGAUGAUGAUGAUGUUAUUGAUAAUGAUGUUGAUGAUAAUAAUGCUGAUGAUGAUGUUGGUCACGAUGAUGAUGAUGAUGAUGAUCAUGAUCAAGAUGAUGAUGAUGAUGAUGAUGAUGAUGAU